AUGGUCGAUCAAUCGGUGUCUCUUGAUGAGCUCGGACGGCACUGCUCACCCCAGGACUGCUGGAUGGCCAUACAUGGGAAAGUUUACAAUGUGAGCAGGUAUCUCAGCCGACACCCUGGGGGGGCACAAAUAAUGCUCAAGUACGCAGGGAGGGACGCUACAAUACCGUUUGAUGACGUAGGGCACUCGCUAGAGUCCCUACUGUUUGAUAUAGAUCCAGAGGCGUUGGUGGGCGUACUUGAGCAGCAGCCCAAGUACGCUGUAAAAGUCCGGGCUAGUAACCACGUGGCUGAGGCAUCCGAAGAUUCUACUUCCAAGUCGAGCUGGGACAUGAUUUGCCAGUGGAUAUACUCCAGAGUCUUUACUUCUUGGUCUCAUGCGCUUGUCUCCAAGAAAGAAGGGAGUUUGGAACACACAAUACAAAAUGGGGGGUUGAACACAAACAAGAGACUUAGCACCUUGGUUUUGGGAGGCGUUGUCCUGACAUGUCUGGUCAUAUUGUUGUACGUGAAACUACGCUGGCCCAGUAUGAUAGAAUACGUCGUUUCACGUGCGCGACCAGACGCGCCUACAGACACAUCUUCUUACGGUAUACCUUCUUGGGGUGUCUAA